AUGACGGGGCGGGGGCGGGGCUUCCCGCGCACGCCCGCAGUUCCGCACCCGCGACGGAAGCCGGCGCCUGCGCGCAGGGAGGCGGGGGCGCGGCGCGCAGAGCGCGCAGGGGCCGGGAAGGACGCCCGCGUGGUGCGGGGCGGCGCCGGCUGGCUACCCCCCGCCGUGGGUUGCCGUGGGCUGCGUGCAGGGAGGCGCUGGAAAAGGAGAGCGGGGAGAGCGGAUCGGAGGGUUCGGCGGGGACCGUUGGAGCCUCCUGGCGCCCGCAGCGCCUCCCGCCAGGGUCCCGCGGCCGCACUCGGGCUCCGGCGCCGCCCUUCAAGCAGAACAAGAUGCCAUUUGAACUUAAGGAAAAUUGCCUUGGAGGGAGCAAAUGUAAUUUAUAAGCGUGACGUUGGGAAAGUAUUAAUGAAAUUGAGAAAACCUAGAAUUACAGCAACGAUUUGGUCCUCAGGAAAAAUUAUUUGCACUGGAGCAACAAGUGAAGAAGAAGCUAAGUUUAGUGCCAGGCGUUUAGCCCGCAGUCUGCAGAAACUAGGUUUCCAGGUAAUUUUUACAGAUUUUAAGGUUGUAAACGUUUUGGCAGUUUGUAACAUGCCCUUUGAAAUCCGUUUGCCAGAAUUCACAAAGAACAAUAGACCUCAUGCCAGUUAUGAACCUGAGCUUCAUCCUGCUGUGUGCUAUCGAAUAAAGUCUCUAAGGGCUACAUUGCAGAUAUUUUCAACAGGAAGUAUCACAGUAACAGGGCCCAACGUCAAGGCCGUGGCUACUGCUGUGGAACAGAUUUACCCACUUGUGUUUGAAAGCAGGAAAGAAAUUUUAUAACUCAUCAUCACUUCAUUGGUUAGAAUCUCUAACUGAGCACCUUUUAAAUCCUGCUGCACAUUGGACUCAAAGGAAAACUGGACCAACAGUAACUGAGGAGGAAGACUCGC